GAGUUGGAACGUGGAAAUCAAAAUUCUUUUCAUUUUAUAUCUUCCAAAUCCAACGUAGCAGAAGACACUGAUAAUUUUUUCUCAUCAUCGAAAACCACUCUCUCUAACCAUGACCACCGUUUCUGACCCAGAGAAGCCGGUCAUAGCCCAAGUGCCAGACGAAGAAGACGACGACGUUUCGCCAAUCGAACAGGUCCGUCUCACGGUCACCAACACAGACGACCCGACCCUACCCGUAUGGACCUUCCGGAUGUGGUUCCUGGGUCUCCUCUCCUGCUCCCUCCUCUCCUUCCUCAACCAGUUCUUCGCCUACCGUACGGAGCCUCUCAUCAUUACUCAAAUCACCAUUCAAGUCGCCACACUCCCUAUUGGCCACUUCAUGGCCUCAGUUCUUCCCGAAACCAAGUUCACUGUUCCCGGGUUCGGGUCCAAGACAUUCUCCUUCAACCCGGGCCCGUUUAACAUGAAGGAGCACGUCCUCAUUACCAUCUUCGCCAACGCCGGAAGCGCUUUCGGAAACGGGUCGCCCUACGCGGUUGGUAUCGUGAACAUUGUCAAAGCUUUUUACGGACGCAGCAUCUCCUUUUUGGCUUCUUGGCUCCUCAUCAUUACUACUCAGGUGCUAGGAUAUGGGUGGGCCGGAUUACUGAGGAAAUACGUGGUGGAACCGGCCCAUAUGUGGUGGCCCAGCACCCUCGUCCAAGUUUCACUUUUCCGAGCAUUGCAUGAGAAAGAUGACCCAGGACUUUCAUCACGGUCCAAGUUUUUCUUUAUUGCACUAUUGUGCAGUUUUUUGUGGUACGUGGUCCCUGGAUACUUGUUCACAACGCUCACAAAUAUCUCAUGGGUGUGUUGGAUAUUCUCCAAGUCAGUUACAGCUCAGCAGAUAGGGUCAGGCAUGAGGGGACUUGGAGUUGGAGCCUUCACACUUGAUUGGGCUGCUGUGGCAUCAUUCUUGUUCAGCCCUCUUAUAUCACCCUUCUUUGCCAUUGCCAAUGUUUUUGUGGGCUAUGCAUUAAUUGUGUAUGUCGUUACUCCCAUAGCAUAUUGGGGCCUCAAUGUGUACAAUGCCAAUAGGUUUCCCAUUUUCUCCUCACACUUGUUUACAGCCCAAGGUCAAANNUACAACAUAUCUGCCAUUGUAGACAAUCAUUUUGAGUUGAAUGUUGCAGAGUAUGAAAAGCAAGGUAGAAUUCAUCUCAGUGUGUUUUUCGCCCUCANUUAUGGCUUUGGAUUUGCCACCGUAGCAUCCACCCUCACACAUGUGUUCUGCUUCUACGGAAGGGAGAUUAUGGAACGCUAUCGUGCUUCUUCCAACGGGAAAAAAGAUAUUCACACAAAUUUGAUGAAAAGAUACAAAGACAUACCUUCCUGGUGGUUUUAUUUAUUGCUGGCUGUAACCCUUGUGGUUUCUCUAGCACUAUGCAUCUUUCUCAAUGACCAGGUUCAAAUGCCGUGGUGGGGACUUCUCUUUGCUGCAGCCCUAGCUUUCGGAUUUACCCUUCCUAUUAGCAUCAUCACUGCCACCACAAACCAGACACCAGGAUUGAAUAUUAUCACUGAGUAUGUCUUUGGUCUCAUCUAUCCGGGAAGACCGAUUGCAAAUGUAUGCUUCAAAACUUUUGGUUACAUCAGCAUGUCCCAGGCUGUCUCUUUCCUCGCUGAUUUCAAACUUGGGCACUACAUGAAAAUCCCUCCAAGAUCAAUGUUCUUAAUUCAGUUCAUAGGUACAAUGCUUGCUGGAACUAUCAACAUUGGGGUAGCAUGGUGGUUGNUGAACUCCGUAAAGAACAUAUGUCAUGACGAUCUCCUUCCAGCAGACAGUCCCUGGACAUGCCCAGNUGACCGUGUAUUCUUUGAUGCAUCAGUUAUUUGGGGCCUUGUGGGACCAAAGCGAAUCUUUGGUUCUCUGGGAAACUACAGUGCAUUGAAUUGGUUUUUCCUUGGAGGUGCAUUGGGACCUAUAAUUGUUUGGCUGUUGCACAAAGCAUUUCCAAAAAAGUCAUGGAUUCCACUGAUAAAUCUCCCAGUUCUCCUAGGAGCAACUGCAUAUAUGCCACCAGCAACACCAUUGAACUACAAUGCAUGGAUUUUGGUUGGGACAAUUUUCAACUUCUUUAUCUUCCGUUACAGAAAGAAGUGGUGGCAAAGGUACAACUAUGUUCUGUCAGCNGCACUUGACAGCGGAGUUGCUUUUAUGACGGUCUUGCUCUACUUCUCACUGGGUUUGGAAAACAAGAAUCUAAAUUGGUGGGGGAAUGAUGGAGAACAUUGUCCACUCGCAGUUUGCCCAACUGCAAAAGGCGUAAUCGUUGAUGGUUGUCCCACAAAGUAAUGAUACCACUUGUUUGUAGUACAUUCAAAAUGUAUAAAAUAAAAUACCUAUACUUUGAAUUCAAGUAAAUAGCAAGCGUCGUAUGGUUUAUAGCACUUGUCAUUGGUAUGGAUGUGCUUUCUUAGUGUGGUGUAUAAUUAGUGACAGAAAUGGUUAGUAAUUUUGAGUAUUACAUGAUUCACGUUUCUAUAA